AAAGGUAGAGCAGCGAGAGCGUACUCAGCUACGGUAACAACAAUCAGCACUAACUCCCGUUUUAACGAGAAGGACCGAGACAUUUCACCGUGUAACGCCUUUUAUACCAACCUUCCGGCAGUGUUUGGGUUCGUUCCAGGACGGGAACCCACCGUAAAUCUUGCGGAUAUUAUUUCUUUUUUUUUGCCCUUUUCACCAAAGAGAGAAAAAGGUCGGUGUCCGGAUGUGCCAGCAGUGUUGGGUUUUUCGCAUGGCGUAGGCACCUUUUUUUUUCUACAGCAGGAUAUUCUUGAUGUUUGGAGGGUCCCAGGAGGCCCUCGGGUCGACAUCUUAUCCCCAUUAACAUUAUUCACACUUCCCGAAAUUAACCGAUUUCUGAGGAAAAUGAGCCACGACAUGAUUGUGCAAUAAGAGAGCAGGAAGCGUUGUAACACGUCUCGACUGUGUUGUGACUGUGGAGAGAGCGAGUCACCAGGAAUAAACUGUGCUUCCUUUCUUUUUCUUUUUUCUUUACACGACUCGCUUUUUCAGAGCUUGUGAGAGCUUUCACAAGACAGACGACAAAAAGAGGAAAUAUAUUUCCCCCCUCGUGUUGUGUGAGUGUGAGUGUGUGUGCAAGUGUGUCUGAACCGGGACCGGGAAAACCUUCACGAUGACGGGCAGUACCCCAGCAGACAUGAUAAACCUGCGGCUUAUCUUAGUCAGCGGGAAGACGAAAGAAUUCCUCUUCUCUCCCAACGACUCGGCAGCAGAUAUUGCCAAACACGUCUAUGACAACUGGCCGAUGGACUGGGAGGAAGAGCAGGUCAGCAGUCCUAACAUCCUGAGGCUGAUCUACCAGGGACGUUUUCUACACGGCAACGUAACACUAGGAGCUCUCAAACUGCCCUUGGGGAGGACCACAGUGAUGCAUUUAGUUGCCAGAGAGACUUUGCCUGAGCCAAAUUCCCAAGGUCAGAGGAACAGAGAGAAGACUGGGGAGAGUAACUGCUGCGUCAUUCUGUAAAUACACACCUCCGCCGUCAGGCCCUCCAUCCUUCUCAUCUGUUCUCGCCCUCAAUGUCCAGGACCUAAUGAGCUUUGUCCCCUGUCCUUGAGCCUGUCCACAAUGCAGAUAUGCAUACAGACAAACACACACUCUCUUCUUUUUUUCUUUUUCUUUUUUCUUCCCCCUGUCACAUGCAUACAUAAAAAGACAGCAGGCUCAGGCUGAUCCAGGACAUGAGUGCUGGGAGCAGGAAAUUGAUUAACAAUAUAGUUGAUUCCUUUUGUUGUACUUGAUUUGUUGUCAUAACUGAAAAAUUAGAGGAAGGAACUGGAUUUGCAUGUGUUUUUUUUCUUUCUUAAUGCACACCUUUUUAAGCCUUCUGCCAUACACACACACACACACACACUUCACACACAUAUAUACAUAUAUAUAUAUAUAUAUAGUGUAUAUGAACAGCAGACACACAUCUUGUCCAGCCAUCCUCAGCCGGUCUGUUAAAGGUCUUACUGGCUCCUCAUUUUAGCUGGUUGUCAUAGUAAUGCAGUGCCCAGGUUUGUGUGUGUGGCCUUGUUUUCUCAUACAGACCGCUGAGAAUUUUAACCACUAACAACUCACCAAUAUACUGUACAGACACACACAUACAUACACACAAACACACACAUACUAUGACACCCCGUCUACACAUCCUACCAUAUGUGCUUGUGUGAUCUCCCUCAGUGCAGCAGACGAAGCUUAGACGUGCCUGACCAGAGAACUCAAACCAGGACACACACACACACACACACAUAUGUGUAUAUAUAUAUAUAUUAAUAUAUAUAGAUAUAUAUAGAUAUAUAUAUACACACACCUGUGUGCUUUUUACUGCCCUGCUCUGCACAUGCCCUUAAAGUGCACAAUAGAGAAAUUAUUCCUUUCUUUUUUGGUCUGCAGAGCACUGUACAGUAGAGACCAAACACAUCCUUCUCUCUGUCGUCACAUUUAAGCCAAACAAAGCCUAACAAACAAACAAAUAGACAAACAGCCAAUGUUGGCAGUGUUGUUUUGUAUUAUUUGUUUGUCCAUGACAUUUGUGACUGUGUUUUGACAGUCCAUGCAUAUUACUGACCGACCAGUGUUGUGAUUAAUAAAGACGUCAGUUUUCUUCCCUCCCUGAUGCACCAUCCCUCUCUCCACCUCUCUUGUUUCCGCCUCCCUGACAGUAGGAAGGGAUAAGCUUGUAGUGCUCCUUUUUAACAGUGUUGUGAAGGAUCUCUGACAAUUGCUGUCAAAGCAGGGAAAUUAACUCAGAAUGGAAAUGUUCCUUAUUUGUCUUAAUUCGCUCCUUACUCUCCUUAAUCCUCUCUCUCUGCAUUAAUAAGUCCAUUUUGCACAACUGAAGCAUGUGCUCCUUCAUCAGAUUAAUAAAAAUGUAUAAAAGUUUUAUUGUUUUAUUUUAUAUUUUUCCAAGGGAAGUAAUGUUCCAAACUAAGGUAACAUGUGUAGAAUAUAUUUAAUAUGAAUCUUAUAUAGAUCUUGUUGAUAUACAGUAUAUUGGUGUUUAGUCUGAUUGUGUAUAUGGUUAGCUUCUAGCCAGUUCACAGUCUCUUGCUGACAAUGUCUUGUGCUUAACAGCAGCAGAAACUCCCUAAUCAUCGACAGACUGUAUUUUUAUUUUCUUUCUUCUGUGCUCUUUUAUUAUAUUUUCUUUCAUUUGUUUAUAAUUUAAUGUAAUCAUUUUUAUUUGUGUUUUUUGCUUUAAAGAAUCGCUUUGUAACAGCACUAGGUCUUAAAAAAAAGAAUAUUGUUUAUAUUGAUCAGGGUUCAAAUCUGUACAGAAAUAAACGUUUUCAAAACCAAUUGUAAAUAGCACUAAUGCUCCUCCUCCCCUCCUCCAGACUUCAAAAUGGAAUACAUCUGUAAACUAAAUAAAGGUUAUUGAAGUGUA